AUUGUUGAGGUUCACUGCUGACCAGGUGGCAGUCGGCAGUUCUCGCGCGCUCCGCCUUCGCUUCUCGCUCCUCGUUGUCCCUCGCUUUACACGUUUUCUUCGCACUAAGUAUUGGUAUUGAGAGAUGCCAGCCAAUAAGACGUACCAGAGGCCCGCGGAUUAUAUUGAUCCCGGCAAGCCGUCCAAGUGCAAAUGGCAUCUGGGUACCCAGGAGAAGACGCCGCACACGCAGCGGGGGAUUGCCCACAGGCAAAAGAUCACCCCGGACAUCCUCGAGGUGAUUGGCUGCACACCGCUGGUCCGGCUCAACCACAUCCCAACGAAGGAGGGCAUCGAGUGUGAGAUGUAUGCCAAAUGCGAGUUCCUGAAUCCCGGUGGCUCUGUGAAGGACCGGAUCGGCUACCGCAUGGUGCAGGAUGCCGAGGAGCAGGGCCUGCUCAAGCCGGGCUUCACCAUCAUCGAGCCCACGUCCGGGAACACGGGCAUCGGCCUUGCCAUGGCCUGCGCCGUCAAGGGCUACAAGUGCAUCAUCGUGAUGCCCGAAAAGAUGUCCAACGAGAAGGUAUCGGCCCUGCGCACCCUCGGCGCCAAGAUCAUCCGCACGCCCACCGAGGCGGCCUACGAUUCGCCCGAGGGCCUCAUCUACGUGGCCCAAGAGCUGCAGCGCCAGACGCCCAACUCGAUUGUGCUGGAUCAGUACCGGAACGCCGGUAAUCCGUUGUCCCACUACGACGGCACGGCCGCGGAGAUCCUCUGGCAGCUAGACAACCAGGUGGACAUGAUUGUUGUAUCCGCCGGCACGGCCGGCACCAUCAGCGGCAUUGGCCGGAAGAUCAAGGAGCAAGCCCCUGCCUGCAAGAUCGUCGGCGUGGAUCCCUACGGCUCAGUUCUGGCCCGUCCCAAGGAGCUGAACAAAACGAAUGUGCAGUUUUACGAGGUGGAGGGCAUCGGCUACGACUUCCAGCCCACCGUUUUCGACGAUGGCGUGGUGGAUGUGUGGUCUAAGAUCGGGGACGCCGACUGUUUCCCUAUGAGCCGCCGCCUUAAUGCCGAGGAGGGUCUGCUCUGCGGCGGUUCCAGUGGCGGGGCCAUGCACGCCGCCCUCGCGCACGCCCGCACCCUGAAGAAGGGCCAGCGCUGCGUUGUGAUCCUGCCCGACGGCAUUCGCAACUACAUGACCAAGUUCGUCUCCGACAACUGGAUGGAGGCGCGCGGAUUCAAGCAGCCCGUGAACGAGCACAGCCACUGGUGGUGGAACCUGCCCAUCUCCAAGCUGGAGCUGCCCUCGCCCGUCGCCCUGCUCCAGUCCAGCGCCACAGUGGGCGAGGCCAUUGCCCUGAUGAAACAGCAUCGUGUGGACCAGCUCCCGAUGAUCGACAAUGAGGACGGCUCCAUUCUGGGCGUUGUCGGCCAGGAGACGCUGAUUAAUCAGAUCGUUAGCAUGAACCGACAGCAGACGGACCCCGCUCUCAAGGCCCUCAACAAGCGCGUGAUUCGCCUGAAUGCCAACGAAGUGCUGGGCAAGCUGGCUCGCAUUCUCGAAGUGGAUCCCAGUGUCCUCAUUGUGGGCAAGAGUGAAGCCGGCAAGGAAGAGAUCAAGUCGCUGGCCACCAAGCUGGAUGUGACCUCAUUCAUUGUGGCUGAGAAAAAGGUCAAUGCCAAUGGCAAUGGCACCGCCACCAACGGCAACAGCCACUAAAGGACUUCUCCUAUACAUAAGAAAGGAAUAACAAAAAACAUCCCCGAAUCCCAGUUCGUGUCCCAUAUAUACAGACUUGACUGUAGCUACCAGCUGAUAACUUAUUCGUCUACCCACUCGCAUGCAUUUGUCUAUUUUUGUAAUAAAGGACUUUUUAUUAUACACAAAUUUAAA